AAAAUUUGAACCUGAGCUUUGCCAUUUCUGUAUGACUUUGGGCAAAUUAUGCUAUCUCACUGGGCUUUAGUUGGCUCAUUCAUAUAAUAGCAAUUCUAUCUACCUCACAGAAAGUUGUGCAGGUCAAUUAAGAUAUUGGCUAUGAAUGUACCCACCACCAUAUCUGAUACAUAUUAGGUAUUCAGUCCACAACCAGUCAAAUAAUUCUGAACAUGCAUAGAAGAGUUCUGUCAUGUUUCAGCCUCAUUAAUAGAACUGUUUGUGUGUUGUGCCUGUGUGUGUGUGAUCCAUAAGAUGCCUAUGGCUUCCCUCAGGUAACACCUGGCUGGGAAGACAGUUCUAACCCAGGGUGUCAGCUGUUGCACUGAGUGAUACUCAAUCUGAUUACCCAGAGGUGCCAAGCACAGAGCCUUCACUGCAGAGCUGAACACAGAGCCUAAAAUCUUAGCGAUCAAAUCUAACAUCGUGUGGCCCAGGCUGGUUGUCAAGAUAGAUGGUGUGUCUAGACAGUUAUCUCCCUUGGGAAAUCACAGUUGCUCUAAAAGGAGGCACAUGGUCUCCUGUUAAGAAUACAAAACAGGCCUGUGAGCUGUUGAGGGUGAGGUUGCUGCUUGAGGUUGCAUGGGCCUAUGGAGCAGAGCCGGGGGAAAGAAGCUGUCUGCUUCUAUACUCACAGGAAUCUCUGGAUCAUGGUGGUGGCCUUCUUCUUCACUCAUGUCGGGACGGCAGAGUCCGUGGUGCAUGGGAAGGUGGAAACAUAGCUAUCAGCUUUCCCAGUGGCAGUGAUUCUGUGCCUCCACUCAAGAGUGUUGGGACGAAUUGAAAGGCAAGUCUGGAAUAUGCAUUACCUGCUGGGGAGGGGAGCAGAAAUCUCCCUGCAGCUUGCGUUCUUGGUAUGAUGAUCUAGGUGGCUCCCAUCUGAAUGCUGUUAGGAUGAGUGUUGUAAGGUGAGGGCUCUAGAAUUAGUUCUGGCCCUGGGUUCAAAUCCUGGAGAUGCAGUGACCUUGAUCAAGUUAUUUAAUGUCUUAGCCAUAGUUCGCCGAUUAUUAGAUGGAGGUAAUAAUGACCUGUAUCUUACCUAGUUGCUGUGAGGAUUAGAUGAUAUAGUGCCUGGCACAUAGCCAGCGUUCAGUAAAUGAUCAUUCUUUUUAUUAGUCAGGAUAGUUCAGGAUUUUGAGUUUAGUAUUUCUUUUUCUUUUUUUCUUUUUAUUUAUUUUUUUUUGCCCUCUGUGAACGAAAGGUUUGGUACUUCUGAUGAGCCUCACCUACACAGAACUUUCAGUCCUGCUUAGGUGAAGCUGCUAGCUAUGUGCCUUGGACAAGUUAUGGAACCUGUCUGAGUCAGUGUUCUUAUCUGUUACAUGCAGUUUACAGUUCCCAUCUCACAGUGAGGAUGAAAUAAGAUCAGAGCACCUGAUACGUAGUUAGUGCUCAAAACACUUAUUUCCUCCCCUUUGGUUCUCAAGUAUCUGAAAUACGGUCCCUUUAAGCUUGUUAAGAUUCCUCACUAGCCUUGUAUGCAGCUGUGGGCAGAGAGCUUUGGCAGAAGGAAAGACUUUUUGUUUUUUUUUUAAAUGACUGUUUCAUAAUCUGUUGGCUCAAAUCUGCUGCUGCCACACCCUAUGCCUCUCUGGGUCCCUGCGUCCUGUUGCAGUUAUCAUAUGCCUCACCUUUAACCUAAAUGACCCUGGGAAGUGGCUGCUAUGGCAGAAUUUACUGAAUGCAAAAUGGAUUUUCUUCCUUGCUCUUUGGGGCAAAGCUGGCUCAGAGAUCCUUAGCUGCAGGGGGAGGGGCUGGCAGGCCUGAACUGCAGUUGGACUUAGCGGCCAGGGGUUUUCUGGUUUUCAUUAAAAUUCUCUGGCUGUCUUUCGGGAUAGCUCCAUUGGAUAUGACUGUGCACUGGAGCCGUUUGUGCUGUUCUCUCAGCUAUACACACCCAUCAAAUUACAGUGCCCCUGAGGACAAGAGAAAAUUGAAGCUGUGUAAAUGAGUAUGGAAGAUUAUGAUUUCCUGUUCAAAAUUGUUUUAAUUGGCAACGCUGGUGUGGGGAAGACGUGCCUCGUCCGAAGAUUCACUCAGCUACAGAUCUGGGACACAGCAGGUCAAGAGAGAUUUCGGUCCAUUACCCAGAGUUAUUACCGAAGCGCCAAUGCCUUGAUCCUCACCUAUGACAUUACCUGUGAGGAAUCCUUCCGUUGCCUUCCUGAGUGGCUGCGGGAGAUAGAACAAUAUGCCAGCAACAAGGUCAUCACUGUGUUAGUGGGCAACAAGAUUGAUCUGGCUGAAAGGAGAGAGGUCUCCCAGCAGCGAGCUGAAGAAUUCUCAGAAGCUCAGGACAUGUAUUAUCUGGAGACCUCAGCCAAGGAAUCUGAUAAUGUGGAGAAACUCUUCCUUGACUUAGCAUGCCGACUCAUCAGUGAAGCCAGACAGAACACACUUGUGAACAAUGUAUCCUCACCCUUACCUGGAGAAGGGAAAAGCAUCAGCUAUUUGACUUGUUGUAAUUUCAACUAAAGGCUGAGGCAUAGAGAAGCAAAAGGAAUCAGCGACUGCCCUGAUGGGCCACGAGAUGCUGGGGAGAUCUGGCGAUGACUGUGGCUCCCGCUCUCAGACCUUCUGACUCCUGUGGGCUCCUGAGCUUACAAAAAGCAUGGCAGGCCAAGGGCCUCGACCACAGGCCAGCAUUAGCAGAACAUAUAAUGGUUUCACCCUUUUGCAGUCUGGAGUUGGAGCAAGGAGAAAAUUGCACUAGGCACUCCAUGAUCUGCAGAGCAUGUUGCUUUUGUUUUUUUAAAAAGCAAGUAAAAGCGCAUUCCCGAACAGAGUCCAGGGGGAAAUGUACUGUAGGGAUCCCUCCUGCACAUCAGUGGGUGCAUGUGGGAGCUGUUCUUUAGGGCUUCGGUGGUAAUCUUCUGGGGGCCCUGGUUUUCUUGUCUACCAGAUAAACCAAAACUGGGACGGCCAAGUACAGUCUCUGUGGUACGUCUUGAUGACCCCAUGGAGAUUUUGCAAAGUGUUAUUUCUCUUGUCCACAGGCACUUUCAAGAACUUUGGGAUGUAAAAAUGAAAUGAAACCUUUACCCAUGACCAACAGUAACAAUCAUUGUUUUAGUAAUAUAUACAAGCUCCAUGACUCCUUUUGGUGCUAAUGAUUCUGCUAUUUCACAGACCAAACGUUUUAGUACAUUGAUGUCCUUAAAUGUAUUAUAUAGAAAUAAAAAAAUGGGGGAAGACCAUGAAUCAGCACUCUUUCUCAAAGUCUCAUUACUACCUUUUUAAAGGUGGAUUUUUGGGAAAAGAGAAUACUUUUCCUUUUAUGUUCCCCUCUGAAUCUCUACCAUUCUGUUCUCUUGUCUCUCCAGCCCUUUAAGUAAAUGAAAAAGUUUGCAAACUGAAAAAUAAAUAAAUAAAUAAAUGUUUUUGAUGAUAUUCUAAUAUAAAAGCUUAGCUCUAAGACAUUUUGAGUAGUAUGAGGAAACAGACCAGAUAUGACCAAAAUACUGUGGAUUAAGGGACUGUAGUGCAGGGCUCCAAGCAGAGCACAGUCCUUGAUAGUAGGUCACAUCUUUUACUUCCUGGUACUCUCCAUCUUGGACAGACCAAGGCUUAGGAUUUUGUAGAUUUUUUUAGUAUGAUAAGUGAGAAUAGCAACAGAUGAAAAGUCUCACGACCCAUUUUUAUAUCUUUGAUGAUAACCUGAGAAAAAUUCUGCUUGUGGAAGCAGAUCGAACUAUCAUUUUUUCCCCUCCUUCUUGUAAUAAUGUUACCCUCAGAUGCUUAACCAUACGUUCUUCCUUUUUUCUUUCUCUUUUCCUCUGUUUUUCUGGUCUCUCCUUUUCUUCUUCCCUCCUUCCCUCCCUCCCUCCCUUUUUCCUUCCCUCCCACCCAUAUAUGCAUGUGUUACUGCGAAUCUCCAAUUCAAAUGGAGGUGUAUAUGCCUUUACUUAGCCAAUUUUAAAACAGGACUCAAAAUGGAAGAUGUGCUGCUGAAUAUAUGUUUCUGUUUCUUCAGUGCCAUACUUUGAUAGCUUCCAAUUUGUUCACUGAUAUAAAUGCAAAUUGGGAAAAUAAUUAAGCCUGUAUGCUGUUGAUGCUGUCAGAUGUUUCUGUAGCUUGCUGCUUAGCAUAACUGAGGGAUGAGUAAUGGAAUAAGGAUAUGAUGUGUAAUUCCACUGUUGCUGUAGAUGGUGACAAUCUCAGUCCUGAUAUGUUGAUGUUUGAAAGCUAUUUAAUUGUAAAGAAAUGAGUCAUGUAGAAACAUGAUGUUCAUAAAGCAUUUCUAGCAUUUCUCUAGCAGAUUCCAGAUUGACCAGUCUCUUGCACAUGGGAUUAUGCAUAUUUUUUAAGGGACUGAUAACUUUUGAUUGGCCUCACUGUGUUUUCCUGAUCCUGUGGGAAAGAGAAAGGGAUCCCAGAAGUUUGUUUUUCUUUUAGAAUCAGUAUCUGCAGGAAAGGAAAGUCAUUUUAAUAAAACCAAAAUAAUUUAUAAUAAUCGUUGCCUUUCCCUCCCCAUCCUCUCCACUAAGCCAGCAACUAAAGGUAUUCAGAAAUCAAGUUAAUCCAGGUGGGUAAAAUAACUUUUUUAAACUGUAAGGAAAUGUUCCUAAGUUUAGAUUCAUUACCUGUCAUUUAGGGCAAAAAUCCAGUGCACCCAGCACAUUAUGACCCAACUUUGUCUCACAGUAGCAAGUGCUGAAAAUAAAGUUGCUUUGUGAACUUGGAGGAAGUGGCUGUGUUAGAUUGGACUGAUUUAAUUGCAGAAUAACACCUUUUAGGGCCACACUUAUGUUAUUCAUUAGGGGUUAGUCUUCUCUGUAUAUCCAUGGCCAGACUGAGAAUGGGAUUAAAAAGCUGUGAGGUCUUGGCCUCUUUCUUCCCUGUUGCUCCUCCCAGCCUUUCUAUAACUUACCAUCCAUGGCCCAUCAGCAGAAACACAUGAGAAUGUGGGACUUUGUUUCUUUUUUUCUUAGUUGUGUGAAUUCCAGAUUAGGCCUUAUGGAUGCUUGUCUACUAAUAUAUCUCAAGUUUGAAAACAAUCCCUGACAAUAUUGUAGGUGCAAUAAAUAUUAGUCGAAUAAAUAUUUAAGUGCCAAGAUCAGGGGGAGGCUUUUUUUGACUAAACAGAAAUCCCUUUAAGUAGAACUUAAUAAAGGACACUAAUUACAGUCAUCUUAAUCCAGGCCAGGACCUAAAUUUAUUGGUUUGCCUAACAGUCUUAUUGCCAUGGCAGUAUUUGCUAAGAUGAGUCUUUAGAUAAAAAUGAAUUCUCAUUUAGUGGUGGAUGAAAAAAGAGAAAUUGCUUUAUCAUAGUUUAAUUCGGCUUUGGUCUGCUAAGACUACCAGGGUUCGUGUAUUCCUCCAUUUUUGGUGUGAUCUUUUUCUUCUUUCAAUAAAGUUAUUAAAUAUAUGGCAAAACUUUUUUCAGUUUCCAAUGAAAAAUGCAUGAUACUCAUGUCAUGGAAUCAGGCUUGGGGAAAUCUAUGAAAUAAAAAUUUGCUGAUAAUGAUAUUUCAUUAUGGCUUUGUGUAGACUAUAUCCUCAAAGGAUUUUGUGCUUCUUUGCCCAUAGAAGGCUUUUUCUCCCAUUGUAUGCUUUUAUUAAAUCUGUUGAAUUAUAUUAAUAUUUUUUGAAUUUGCAUGGCCAAUUACUUUUUAGUGGAUUACUAACAUUAGGCUGUGGGAUCUUCCUGGCCUUUCUUGUUCCCAGUCUUUUAAUCAUUUCAUGUUUUUAUCUCUCCCUGAGUAAAGUGGCAAGAAAACUAAAAUGAAAGUUAAAUAGAUUGAUUUGACAAUGUGUCUGUUCUUAUUUAGAGUUUAUAAGGAGGGUAGAAAUCAUUGACCAAAAUAAGAUUUUUGGAUCAAGAUUAUUUACUUUAAGCCAUUUAGACUUGUUGGCCAGAGACACCACAUUUAACAAAGGACUGGGUUCUUAACUUCUUUCAUUCAUGAAUAUAUAUACCUUGGGAGGACACUGGUGACAGAGUUAUGCCAAUGAUUUGCCAUAUUACCCUCUAAGCUAGCCUGUAAUUCUACCAGAUCUCACACAAGUUUCAGGUCAUGACUCAUACUGAGUAAAUAUCAGUUGUAAAUGGUUUUGAAUUGGUCUUCCUACUAAAGUGAAACAUCUCCCUUUAAACCAAGCCACAUGAAUGAAAUAUCAUAAUCAGAAAAAAGUGUUUCUUUUUUUUUUUUUUUUUUUGCAUAGCAAACCAAUGGCCUUCUCCACUAAGCCAGCAACUAAUGGUACUCAGAAAACAAGUUAAUCAAAGUGGGCAGAACUUUUUGAACUGUGAGGAAAUGUUCCUAAGUUUAGCUUUAUUACCUGUCAUUUAGGCAAAAAUCUAAUUUUUUUUUUUUUUAAUUUCUUAAUCCUGUAGAACCCUGUAUUUCAUGGUAAUGAGUAUUUAGGGAUCAUUGCUCUAUUAGUCUCUGGGAGAGAUCGUCUAGGGUUUGCCAUUCCUUUUUUUCUAGAAUUUUGUUGUUGUUUUAACUGCAACUGGUUACUUUUCUCAACCAUGGUCCUGACAUGUUUAUACUAUGAUGCUUUUGAGACUUAGCUAAAGAAUUAAAAGCCGUAAAACAACAUUUGCUUCUCAUCCUUCAGUCAAAUGUGUUCCAUUUAAGCAGUAUGGUUAAAUACUAAUUUUGGGAUAUGUUUUCUUUACUUUCUUUUUGGAUUUCAUUUCUGUGACAUGAGCCUAUUUGUGUUUGGAAGGAAAGAUGCCUUCCUUUACAUUCUUUACACUGGUAAUUUUUUCAUACUGAACUAAGAAAUUAUCAUCCCUUCAAAACACAUUAAUAUAGCAAUGUUAGAGUAAGGGAGAUAGCAUUUCAUUUCCUCUCCUUAGUCCCAUUACGUUGGAAUGUUAUUGUCAUUUCCAGAAGCCACACUUUGAAAUUAAAAAUGAAUUGAGGCAUUACCAGCCCGCUGAAAGAAUUUUAUUUUUAUUUUUUUUUUUCGCCACUCCCCUCCCCUGAAGAAAUUUUAAAUGCAAGACAUUUAAAGAAUAUUUGAAGGAUUUGGGGAGAUUUUGGUUAGGAAAAAAAGGGGACUAUAAUUAGUGCAUUAGAGCAAGAUGCUCUGUGGUUCAGAGGGGUGGAAUGAGGCCCACUGAAUGAGGCUGUAGGGACACAGAUUUGGGUUCCAUGUCAGGGAGACAGUUCUCAAAAAGUUGGUUCACUAUGGGACAGGUUGCUUCAGGUAAUAGCCUCUGUCAAGCAGAGGCUACGUAAGAGGCUGGCAAAGAUGUGGAGAGGAUCCAGUUGGUUGGAGACUGGAGCAGGUAACUUAUUAACCUAAAUUCCAUGUUGUGUGUAGUAUUUUGUCCCUCAUAACAUGUUUGAUUAAAUAUUUGUUAAUCCAUAGCUAAUGAUUUUUUAAAUGGGGCCUUGUUCUUCUGCCACAAGUGCAUCCCACCUUCAUCUUUCAGGGAAGAGGUUGGUUGCAUGUUGUUAGGCCAAGAGACUGGCCCUCCAUUAUGCCCCAUGGUGGACUUGCCUUGUCAGUCCAUUCACUGAUGUCCUGUUGAAAUCACAAAUUGGUUCUUGAGUUAAAAAACUGUUUUAGUAGAAGUUACAUGAAAUUAUUUAUCACUUGCCAAACAUAGGCCUUUAAUAAAUAAUGGGUGUCUCCUUCAUGAUUUUAGGAUAGGCCUUUUUAGCAGAGCAGAAUCUUCUGUUAAAGUUCUCACAAACAGAUCAACAUGAAGUUUUGCAGUUCCCAAGAGAGACGGGCUGGUGGGUCACUGAUGUAAAGCAGUCCACAAGAUCUAUUUUAGAAAAGUCUCAAUGACAUUUCCUUAGUUUGUUUGAUUUUCUUGAGAAUACAUGAGUUUAGCUCAUCGAUAGGCUGAGGAAAAAAAAAUUUUUUUUAAAAAGAAUACAUGAGUUUAAAAGAACUGCUUUAUGUAGAAAGCAAUAAAAACAAGUAUUUUUGACUUGAAAAUCAGAGGUAACUAUAAGCAAUUUAUAUUGCUUAUAUAUAUAACUAUAAGCAAUUUAUAUUGCUAAAUAACUUUCACACUUGCUAGACUGAUAGACGGCUUUUCAUUGAUCUUUUUUUUUUCUUUUUUUAAGUCAUGGUCUUUAAUCAGUAUGGUGAGAAAUCUGUUUGUGUUUGGGUGAGACUUCUUUGACUCCUUUGGACAAGAGGUCAGAGCACAAAAGCUAGUCACCACUUUGACUUCUUGAGGUAUGAGCCAAAAUUUUACUUUCCCAUUAAUUUAAAGCAGAAUUUUUGAAGAUGCUGUGUUCUAGUUCCUUAUGGAAUCUUUGGUGGGUGGUGACUUUGACAGUUCAGAGUGAUGUGGCGAGUGAUAUGGAAGGGAAAACACUAGGUGUGAGGAGACCUAGUAUGCCACAAAUUGGCUGCGACUUUAGGCAAAGCACAAUAUUUUGAGCAUCAAUUUUUUCAUCUAUGAGAUAGACCUGUCAGGAUUGUUGCGAAAAUUAGAUGAGAUAAAUUGAAAGUACAAUGCUUGGUAAAUAGUAAGCACUCAAAUAUUAGUUCUUUUUCUCCUUAAUUAAGAGCAGACAUUGAAUGGUCUGAUGCCAAGUGAGAUCCUUAAGAGACAAAACAAAGAAACUUUCCUAGCUUCAAAGAAAAGAACUCCAUUUCUGAAAGGGUGCCUUAAAAGGAAGUCAUUAAUUUGAUCCAUCCUUUUGCCUUUGGGCAUUACUGUCACCCUCCAUUUCUUUACAUACUUCAGGAAAGGUGGUCUCUCUCCCAAAAGGCAAUUCCAGGAUUGUAAACUCAUUAUCAGGAAACUUAAUCUUAGAACUGAAAUACCUCACAGUGCAAUUUAAACCUCUUUCUUCUUGAUCCCAUUCUUCAUGGGAAGAAAACUGGGUGGAUCCCUAUCUUCUUUUUAAGGAGCCACAUUUGCCAUUUAUCAUUGCUGUUUUGCCUAUUAAAAAAAAAAAACAGUCAAAAAAAGCUCAUUAAAAUGAUAAUUAUUUACUUAGUGUAUGUCAGGAUAGGUAUUUAUUACUCUUAGCUUCUUAUUGGUAUCAGAUGUAGAUCAUAGUCUUAUUGUUAACUCUUCAGUUAUAUACAUACACUUUCUUUAGUUAUAUAAUUGAUAACAAAGUGUGCUUCUGAAGAAUUAUUCUGGUUGUAUGGCUCUUGUUUCCUCCCCUUCGUUAAAAAUGGAGUCAUGAAUCUCAGUUUUGUGAUCUGCUUUUAAUUUCAUAUAUGACAUUUUUUGAUGCCCAUAAUUACUAACAUCCAAAAGGGUUUCUUCCCUUUUCUACAUGUGCACUAAGUUCUAAAACAAAAAUUGGAAUACAAAAUACCUAAUAAAGCAAAAAUUCAUGUACACAAAAGCAAAAGAUAAUCUAGUUUGUUAAGAUAAUUUGUCACUAACUGGUUGAAUAACGCACAGUUUUUGUUUAAAAUUACACAGUUAAGCCUGGAUUAAUUAACAAUAGUAAAACUUGACAAGUCUUUUGAAAAACAGCUGCUAAACAUAUUGCUUUCUGGAAUGUAAUCAUUAGCAACAAAUUCUCUCUUAUCCUAUACAAUUGCAAAAUGCUAGUGGAACUUUCUUGUAGGCUAUUUGACAAUGAAUGUUAAUUGAAUUAUUUUUUAAAAAUGUAAAAUCCUUUGGUUCAAUUCAUUCACUUCAGAGAACAGUAAAAAUCUAAAAAAAAAAAAAAAAAUCCUCUUAUCCCUUUAAAGCCUGUUUACGCUUUCAUGUCCGUGUUGUAGAAAAUUUCAAAUGCUGGCUUCUAAUUUCUACUCACUGAAGUGUCUUCCAGACAUACCAGAUGGUUGGAGCUCCUUUGAUAGUACAUAAGGGAGCUAUAUAAAUGUAUUUGAACUAACUCAUAAGCAAAAUUUCUGUUUCCAGAAAAAAAGAAAAAAGAAACUGCUCAAAAUUUUGAUAAUACAGGAGUAAAAAGAGUUUUUUGAUAAUCUGAAGGGAAAAAGUGUGACCCAUAUAUCUUGUACACACUUUUAAUGCAUGAAUUUUAGUAUAGAGAUGAAAUAAAAUGCAAAAUAUAUAAUUCUGAAGCUCUUAGCAGCUAGUUAAAAUAUUUAGAAAAGCUGCUUUAUGAAGACUUAGAGAAUCCUUGAUCUCCCCACCUUUCCUAUCACUCCAUUAAAACAUGGAUCUUUAAUAUUAAUAAACACAUAGUUUUAACUAAUAAACAGGUUAAUUACUGAGUUUUAUGAACUCGAUUCUUCAUAUUUGCCUAUUGGUUUUAAGCAUAGGAUAUCAGUAUUAUUUGUAUACAGCAGUAUAUAAAAUUUAACCAACUUCAAUAUAAGAAUAGUACUUGAUUUUAAAUGUUAAUAUGCAAAUAUUAACAGUAUACUACAUCAUAUUUUAUGUGUUCAUAUACUGAUUUUGUUUUACUUAACAAAAAGUCUAUUAGAAAUAUAACCCACUGAUGACCUGAGUCCAAUUAGCUGAAAACGUUCUAUAGAAAGAUGAUUGUAUGAAAAAUUCAAUCAACAUUAAAAAACGGAAGUGAGGAAGGAACAGAAACUUUAACAAAAUAUUCUUAAACGAAGUUGCAUCUCUUUUUAAAAUUAAGAUACAAUUGGUGCGCCAUACAGUUCACCCUAUUAAAGUGUAAACUUCAAUGUUUUUAAUCAUAUUCACUAAGUUGUGCAACAUCACCACUGCCUAACUUCAGAACAUUUUCAUCACCUCCAAAAGAAACCCCAUACCAUUUGCAAUCACUCCUUCUCCUCCUUCCCCCAGCAUCUUGCAACCACGAAUCUACUUUCUGUCUCUAUAAAUUUGCCUAUCCUGGACAUUUCAUAUAGUCAAACAAUAUUGUGGCCUUUUGUGUCUGGCUUCUCUAAAUAAGCAUAAUGUUUUCAAGGCUCAUCCAUGUUGUAGCAUAAAUCAGUACAUUGUUUUCAUGGUUAAAUAAUAUUUCAUUGUAUGUAUAUGCCACAUUUUAUUUGUCCAUUUAUCAUUUGCUGGACAUUUGGGUUGUUUCCACGUUUUAAUUAUAAUAAUGCUGCUAUAAACAUUUAUGUAAAAGAUUUUUGCAUGGGUUAUGUUUUCACAUCUCUCUUAAAAACAAUUAGUCCAACAAAUCAAAUCAUUUAUGUUUAUUUAAGUAGAAUCUCUUGCAAUUCUAUUUGGAGAGUGCAACUUAUGAUCUUGGUUUAAUUGAUCAAUUAGGAGACCCCUGAAUAAAGACUAACUCCCCAAUAUAUCCAUAAGAAUUUUUCUAUAAGCCUGUCAUUUAGACAUGAUAAUCAUUGUCAUGAAGACUAUUUUAGUCUUGCAGAAAUUGUCAUCACACGGAGGAUUUCUUGUCCUCUGCAUUGUAAAGGACAACUACAAAUCAUGCUGGAGAAGAGUACUCAUUAAAUCUUUUAGGAUUCAAUGAAGUAGCAUUUUAAAUAUGUAAGUUAUUUUAUAUAUUGUCUGUCUUUUAAAGUUUGGACUUUACUUGUUGAAAAAAGUUUGUCAGAUCGCCAAACCACAUGACUGCCCAUUCAUUGUAGCUUAUGUUUUUAUUAUUAAGGAAUAAUUCAUACUGAAAGUAAAAGAA